GCACCGCGGGGCAAGCUUGCAGCAGCGGAGCGCGCGACACCCUUUGGCAGUGCCGGCGCCAGCGAGGGGGAGCAGGUCCUCAUCCUCAGCUCUCCCCAACCUGCUGCGGAGCACGAGCAUGGCCACGGAGACGGAGUGGAGCUGCCCCAUCUGCGGCGAUGCUCGAGAUGACGUCUCUUACGCGAUGCCCUGUCGCCACCAGUUCUGCCUGGGCUGCAUCCUGCGUUGGACAGAGGUGAAACCAGAGUGCCCACUCUGCAGAAGACCAGUAGAGAAUGUCAGGUUUUCUGUGCUGGGCGAAGACGACUAUCUACAGUGUGUUGUCGCACACCCCGAAGAGUCGCCAGAUGCCAGCAGGCAGGCGGGCAGCGCUCCCGGUCCCCUGCCCGAAAACAGCCCCCAUCACCCUGCGGCGUCCCCUCCGUCAUCUCCGCAGUGGAUACUGUCCCCGGCUGAGCCGGGGGCUGCAGAGCCGGAGGACGUGGGUGGCCUCCUGCCUGUGGUCUGGGCGUAUCUUUUCCAAAGACGACAGCACCUCCUCGAUCCCGUGCUGCCCUGGCUGCGCCAGGAGCUGGAGGCAAUAUAUGGGGCACGGUGGUGGGAGGCAAAGACUGCAGAGAACAGCAUCCUGCAUACCCUGUGCAUCCACGGUCCGGAUGAAGAGGUCAUGCUCCAGAUGCUGGAGCCUCUCCUUGGGCACUAUACAACAUUAGUGGUCUAUGGCAUCAUGGGUAUCAUUGAGGGUCAGUGCAGCGAGGAGGCCUGGAGGCUGCUGUGCCCCCAUGCUGCCGGGGAGGAAGGCAACAGCCCUGCGGCCGGCUCCAGCUCCUCCAGCUCCAGCUCCUCCAGCCCCAGCUGCACCGGCUCCCAGGAGGGGACUCCCACCGCUCAGCCGAGCUCCUCCAGCAGCCCGUCAGGGGCAGAGCAGGAGCAGCCCCGGGAGGAGCCGGGGCAGGAGGCGGCGGCAGGUCCCUCUGCCCAGGGCUGCGGCCGCAGCCCCUCCGCUCCCGGCCGGGGCAGGGGCCGCUCGCCCGGGGGGCCCCGGCGCCCCGCAAAGAGGAGGGCCCCCGGCCCCCAGGACUCUCCCCGGCCCCGCAAGAGGCCGCCUCGCCGGCGGCACUAGCAGGGCCCCGGCAACAGUUUCGUCACGGCAAAGGAAAUAAAUGCCGAUUUCCCUGGCACUCGGGGUCUCUGGGUGCUGCUUUCUGCC